AGGACGCAUGCGCGUGUCCGCCCUCCUCCCCUCCCUUCCCAGCUUCCAGAUGUUGCGCAGGCGUGUUAGGUCGUGGUUGCUAUGCGGGUGCUCGUGGGUGGCGGGACGGGCUUCAUUGGGACAGCCCUAAGCCAACUGCUGAAAGCCAGAGGUCACGAAGUGACACUCGUCUCCCGACAGCCCGGCCCGGGUCGGAUCACGUGGGAUGAGCUCGCCACGUCGGGGCUGCCCCGCUGCGAUGCCGCAGUCAACCUGGCUGGAGAGAACAUCCUCAACCCUCUGCGAAGGUGGAAUGAAGCUUUCCAAAAAGAGCGGCCUCUCAGCUUCGCUGUGCAGCUAAAGGGGAAAAAUAUCCACAGCUCUGUCCAGUGGGGAUAUCCAAAGGCCAAGGGGGGACCUUCAUGGCAAAGGGCCAGGCAGGACCAAGGACAGCCAGGGCAAACAAGUGCUGUUCUACCGGCAGCUUACUACCAGCCCAGCCUGACUGCCGAGUAUGAUGAGGACAGUCCAGGAGGGGAUUUUGACUUUUUCUCCAACCUCGUAACCAAAUGGGAAGCUGCAGCCAGACUUCCUGGAGAUUCUACACGCCAGGUGGUGGUACGCUCUGGGGUUGUGCUGGGCCGUGGGGGCGGUGCCAUUGGUCACAUGCUGUUGCCCUUCCGCCUGGGCCUGGGGGGCCCCAUCGGCUCUGGCCAACAGUUCUUCCCCUGGAUUCACAUUGGGGACCUGGCAGGAAUCCUGGCCCAUGCCCUUGAAGCAAGCCAUGUGCAGGGCGUCCUGAAUGGAGUGGCUCCAGCCUCUACCACUACAAAUGCUGAGUUUGCACAGGCCUUAGGCACAGCCCUAGGCCGCCCGGCCUUCAUCCCUCUCCCUAGCGCUGUUGUGCAAGCUGUCUUUGGACAAGAACGUGCCAUCAUGCUGCUGGAGGGCCAGAAGGUGAUCCCACGGCGGACACUGGCCACUGGCUACCAGUAUUCCUUCCCAGAGCUGGGGGCUGCCUUGAAGGAAAUCAUAGCCUAAGUGGGGAGGUUCCAUCGUAGGGCCUAAGGCCUGUCCCUCAAUAGAGGGUUCCCAGUGAGAGACUGGGAAUAGGUCAGGUACUCCUCUACCUGAGACCUAAAACCUCUUCUUUUUUCUUUCUCAUUAUUCCGUUGCUGCACUUUAACUGACUGCCCACUGUUUCAAGGUUGCAGUUUCAUCUAGUUGGGACCUUAACCUCUUCAACUCCUUAUAAAAGAGUUACCAAGUUAGGUUUCCCUAUAUGUCCCAUUCCUGCCCCAUUUCUCUUUUGCUGUGUAAUGAAUGCUCUACAAUUUAGGCAAUAAAGAUAAAUUAUCCAUUAGCUUUGGCUCAUCUCUCUGGCCUAGGUUCUGCUUGAAUGUGUUUCAAGGGACGUCACCCUAGAUGACUCCUUCCUCUAUGUGGGGUUUUGAAAGUGACAAUGAGCAACAUCUUUUUGUUUCCUCCAUUACCAAAAGAGUUAAACUGGGAGCAUGAGAUUAUGAUAAAAGUAGAGACUAUAAGAUAAGUGACUCACUUCCAAUGGGUUCUGUGGUCAUCCUGCUGACUUAUUCACAUGGUACCAUUAGGAUGCCAGCAAAGAAAUGGGGCCCCAAGUCUAGGACAGCCUUCCAUCUGUCACUGAAUUAAUAAACCAAUCACAUACUGGUCAAAGUUCAUCAAGCUGCAGGAGUAAGCUAGCACCCCUCUAAGAAGCUUAGGACAGGCCUAAUAUCAGAGUCCCAGGCAGGACAGAAGAUACCUUUGGCCUACUGUACACCCACCAUCACUGAAAGUGAAAGGGACAAGGAAUAUACCAAAAACUACAAACAACCCCAGGGGUGGGGGGGUAUGGUGGAAAUGCCAAAUGUUUAUUUAGGACCCUCUACCUUUUUACCUACCCUGAUUUCUACAUGACCAGUGGUUCCUCAGGCCACCAAGUUGUGCCAUAUUCACCGGUCUCCUUUCUCCCAAGGAGACUGAGUCACUGUCAGCUCCCUGGCUGGCCUUUCUCCUACACAC